UAAUAGCUUACGUGGCACAGUCAUAGUUCCUGGAACUAGCGCUUCUCUGUGAGAGGUGUUUUCAAGUAGUGCAAUCUUGGAUAUAGAUACACACCGCGAAACAGACCACGGCUUAUACAGUUGGCUGGAAGGACCCACAGGAACAAGGUUUCGAACAGGAAGUAUGAGUGCUCCCGUGUAUGAACGUGAACAGGGUGCUAAGGGCUCUUGUAUCACCGUUACUAUGGAGGUGGAGAACAGCCUCGUGCCGCCGACUUUCAAGUCCUCUGUCAAGCUGAAGAUGCCUCAGAGAGAACUUAUCUACUUCCUCCAGGAGGCCGUCGCCAGAGACCAGCAUUUCCAUUUCACAGCUGAGUAUUUUGCGACACCCGCCGUGACGGGAUAUAUGGUGCUGAGCAUGAACAAGUUAGCUGGAAGCACCAAGGACAAGACCUACUGGCAGAUCCUGGACAAUGGGAAACCUACACCUUCAGGUGUCAGUGAGUACGUACCAAAAGAUGGGUCUUUCAUUGCCUUCAAGUUCACCACGUACAAGACAGACGAUUGUACCACGGGCACCACGCCGUAGACAAGGGUUGAGAUCAUCAAGCUACAAGACAUGGACAUCUGUCCGGAUAUUGUCGUAUCUCUGUUUAACCAUGUACUUGGAAUCACAGUAGGAUCUGUCGGACAUUGCCGUAUCUCUGUUUUACCACGUUACUAGAAAUAAAGGCCUAAAAUGGUUUCGUAACA